GCUUCUGUUUUAGCUCCGCCCUGACCAAAUGCUCGUUCGCUAGCAAUCUGGGGGAGGGGAUCUGACUGUGACGUCGGCAUCAUUGCUGCAUGUGUGCGGAAGUGAUCAAAGUACAAACUAGUGGAGGAACGGACACGAUGGAGGUGCGGAGGAAAUUGUUAAACACGGUGGAUAGGUGUGUGGACGAGGCUUUGGAGGGCCUGGUGAGGAGUAAAGGGGGUCUAGCGCUGCUGCGGGGACACAGAGUUGUUCUCCGGGCCGAUCUGGAGAGCAUCAGGGGAAAGGUAGCGCUGCUUUCCGGAGGAGGAUCUGGACAUGAACCAGCACAUGCAGGUUAUAUUGGCAUGGGAAUGCUGUCUGGAGUGGUGGCGGGAGCAGUAUUUGCGUCUCCUCCUCCGGGUAGUGUACUGGCUGCCAUUCUGACUCUGUGGAAGGGAGGCGCUUCAGGAGUCCUGCUUGUGGUGAAGAACUACACGGGUGACCGGCUAAACUUUGGCAUAGCUUUAGAGCAGGCCCGGUCACAGGGUGUCCAGGUGGACAUGGUGAUUGUGGGUGAUGACUGUGCCUUCGCUCAGCCCAGCAAGGCCGGCAGGAGAGGCUUGUGUGGAACUGUAUUCAUUCAUAAGCUAGCCGGAGCACUGGCAGAGGAGGGUUGCCCGUUGGAUUUCAUUGUUGCACGGGUGAAUGAAGCAACAAAAAAUAUUGGCACACUGGGUGUUAGUCUGUCUCCAUGCAGUGUCCCGGGAUGCCUUCCAUCCUUCCAGCUUCCACCAGGAGACAUGGAGCUGGGACUGGGGAUCCAUGGAGAACCAGGCAUUAAGAGAUCAAAGGUGGCCUCCGCUGAUGAGGUUGUGGAAACUAUAAUAAGUCAUAUGACUGAUCCCUCAAACAAAUCACAUCUGUCCCUGAAAUCAGGAGAUAAGGUGGUGCUUUGUGUGAAUAAUCUUGGUGCUCUCUCAUGUUUGGAAAUUGCUGUGGUCACCAGAGCAGCUGUACACUGCUUAGAGAAACGAGGUGUGCUGGUUGUUAGGGUGAUGUCAGGAUCAUUUAUGACAUCACUGGAGAUGGCAGGGAUGUCUCUUUCUUUAAUGAAGGUCGAUGAAGAGAUUCUCAGACUGUUUGAUGCUAAAACCACAGCCCUGGCCUGGCCCAACCUCAGCAGUGUCUGUGUGAGUGGGAGGAACCUCAUCAUGGAACCUGCAGAAAAACUUGCCGCAGCUGCUGAAAAAUAUAGUGAAGGUUCACUUUCUCCCCUCAUUCGUCUGGUUUUGGAGUCUGUGUGCAAAAUCCUCUUGCAGUGCCAAGAGGAACUCAAUGCUUUGGACCGUGCAUCAGGAGAUGGAGAUUGUGGGAACACACAUGCCCUCGCUGCUAAUGCCAUUCAGGAGUGGCUCCACUGUGGCAGCAUCUCUGGUAAUCUUGGGCAGCUUCUUGCAGAUCUUGCUCUGUUGGUCCAAGAACGGAUGGGUGGAUCGUCAGGGGCGUUAUAUUGCCUGUUUUUGUCUGCGGCUGCCCCCCAUCUCAAAGAGUGCUGUGAUGGUGCUGCAUGGGCCAGAGCAUUGCAUGCUGGGACAGAGGCCAUGAAGAGGUAUGGAGGUGCUGAACCAGGGGACAGGACCAUGCUUGAUGCCCUAUGCCCUGCUAUGGAGGAGUUGAUGAAACUUUCCACAGCAUCUCCCGGUGGUCACAUGACUAUACUACAAGGAGCAGUUGAGAAAGCAGCUUUGGGAGCAGAAUCUACCCGUAACCUCACCGCAAGGGCUGGACGUGCCAGUUACAUUGCGUCUGAACAUUUGACCCAGCCAGACCCUGGCGCCAUUGCGGUAGCCUCCAUUCUGAAGGCAGUGCUCAGUGCUUUAAAGGGCGAGAGCUAGAGAAGCACGCCACCAAUAGGCAGUUUCUUAGGGAACAAUGAAAAGACUGAUGAUGACAACUGAAUCAUGGAUAACUGAUAGCUGAUUUUAGGGUUUGCUAAUGUUGAGUAGUGUAGAUUUAAAGUCAACAUGAAACCGCAUUCCCAACCUAUUUUACUUCCCUAAUCGAACAUAUUUCCAAGUGAAACAGAAUAUUGAACGAGAAGAAAAUAUAAGGUAGGACUUGAUUUUUAUCCAUCAGAAACUGAUUGGAUUGUGAAAAGUGGUCUCUACUGUAUAUGAGAGGUGGUUGGAGGGGAGGGGCUGAAAAAUAAGAGGACUUGGUGACAUUAGCCAAAAAGAAAAUUAAUUUCAAAGGCAGAACAAAUAUUACAUUUUAUGUUUUUGUUUGAUAUAACAUGCUCUGAUAAAUCAAGCACAAUAAGGCCUGGAAAAUAAAUAGGUUAAAUUCUGAUUUCAUGUUGACUUUAUAGGAAAUUAUGGACUUUCCUUAUAAAUAAUUAAACUGUAAACUGUCAAUACUGGAACAAUAAAAUCAUAAUUUAAUAAGACCAAACAGUGUUAAAAUAAGAAAGUAAAUGUAAUUGUCUUUGCUUACUACUGUAAACAACUACUGUGGUUUAAUGCACUUUAGAUAUGUAAUUGUGUUAUGAUACUAAAUAGAAGAUUUGAAUGUAAGAGGAACAUUAUUAGAAACAUGCAUAUUUAAUACACAUUGUAACUUAAUUUUAAAUCUAAUAAAUAAAGUAAAAAAAAACUUCGUUUUAUAA